AUGCCGUCGUGGGUGUGCCCAGAGUGCGAGUACGAGAACGAAGAGGGCGACGCAGCCUGCGCGGCGUGCGAGGCGGACCGCCCUACGGCAGGUCAGGCCGUCGCCGCGGCGGAUGACGAUGACGCAUACGCGCACAUCCACGUGGGUGUAAUCGUGGAGUGCGAAGACGCGCCCAACACGAAGCUGAAGCGCCUUAAGGUCAACGUGGGCCAGGGAGAGCCGAUACCCGUUGUGACGGCGGCAACCAAUGUAAAACAGGGCGACCACGUCGUCGUGGCCUGCGUCGGGGCCGAGGUCAAGGGCGAGACAGUAACCAAGACCACAGUAAAGGGGUUCCCUUCGCAGGGGAUGCUGUGCGACGCGGGCAUGCUGGGGUGGGUCGGCGGGGGCGCAGGCGCGGCGGUGACGUUGCCGGAGUCCUUUGCCGCGGGUGCGCGUCCGCCGAACAGCCGCCCGCGCGGUAACGCUGCGUGA